AUGGUAAAUAAAUUUUCAUUCUUUACAAUACAACCAGUUCGUUUUGCUUAUGACGAUGAUGAAGAUUCCGAAUAUGAAGAAGAAUUAGUAGAAUCUCUUAAAGGAAAACCAAGUAUUCCUUUGGGACUUCCACUUUUACUUGUUAAUAAUAAAAAGUUAAUAAUUGGAUCUAUUUUGUUGCCUGAAAUAAAAUUGUGUGAAAUACGACAUAUUCCAGCAUAUUUAAUAUUAAGUCUCCAAGAUACUUUAUAUGGUAAAAAUGAAACAACCAUACAAACGUUAAAAGGAUUUCGAGAAUAUUUUGAAGAGUUAUUAUCAUUUAUUAUGCAAUAUGAAAAAGAAUUGCAAACGGAAUUUCAAAAUGAAAAUAAUUUACCUAAUUCAAUACCUUUAAAUCAUGAUCGAGGUGUUGCAACUCAAGUACAUCAGAUCGUUUGGCAUUCAGCUACUACUAAAUUUGCAUAUCCUAUAGCUUAUUAUGGUAAUACUCUUACUGCACAUGAAAUUAAUCAGAUACUUUUCAACUUGUAG